AUGGUUGUAGGCGAUCCAAGAACAGCGUUAGGGGUCAAGCAAGCGACAAACGGAAAUACAGGCCAGAAUCGAAUAUCGCACGUGAAGAAGCGCUCAAAUGGGAGCACGGGCCACUCGAUUGUCCCCAAGGUGCAGAGCAAAGAGAAUGCGCAGGCUGGACCUCCGAUAUCUGAGAAGGGCGUCGCGGUAGUUUCUGAAGCACAUACACCCCACAUAACCAGUGGACCUUCUUCAAGUUUCAAGGAUAACAGGGUUUCGGCGUGCGAGACAUCUUCUUCACCCGCAGGUGAAAGCAACGAGGAAGAAACGUCAUCUAUAUCAACGACUAACAUGGACAAGCCUCUCCUAGUUGUCCAUGAACCCAAUGGGCCUGCUCCAUACAGGCCAUUUACUGCAUUUGGGGUAACUGCGUUCCGCACCAGGGCACGCUUAAACGAAAUAUGCAUACUCUACCUCGUGAAAGCUUGUCCUCGAGGCCAAAAUUGCAACAGGAUACAUCCGACCAAUGUCAGGUAUUAUAAGGAACUCUUGCAAGACAAGGCGGCGACCCCGAUCUUCUACAAUGAGACCCCGGGACCAGAGGCAGACGAGGGCGAAUCGAGCUCGGACGAGGAAUCGCAGACCGACGGAGCCGACGCCACAGAAGAUCAUGGCACAGAGCCGCCCAGUUCGCCCCCUCCCCCCAGUUCCCCCCCUAUCACUCCAGACAACUCACCUCUUGAAGAGAAGCCCUCAACUAUCCAACCUCGUGGAUCUCGUGAACCAGAGCAAUGGGAUGUAGCCUUGAGUGCCGAUGCUUGGGUUGACAGUGAUUCAGGCUCUUCCGCGGUUGAGGAAUGCCAGGCAGAAAUCGAUCCUCCUCGUCCAGUUUCCCCUGGAUCAUCGCACACGGAGGAAGAGGUAGAGACGACCAGUAUCACCACCUCUCGUCGCCUUGGACCAGGUCGAGACUUUUCUUCUGACGAAGGCCCAAGGAAACCGAGGGCGCCGUUCAGCGAAAGGUCUAUCAAUUAUGAACCUUCAUUGGCCCCAUCGUCGACGGCACAGAACCAAGCUUCGUCCCAAGUUGGCCCAGUCCAGCGUCCUGGCCAACACGGUGUCUGCCACAAGUGGCUCGAAGGCAAAUGCUGGCGUGGUAGAUCUUGCCCUUAUUCGCAUCCCCAGCUUCCUCUUCCGAGCGGCACUGAGUCCUUCGAUGCCGCCCUUCGGCCAGCUCCUACCCGAGGCCCUCCCCCUCCUCCAAAUUCCAGUGUCUGCGUCAAGUGGUUACAAAACUUAUGUGACCGCGGCGCAGAUUGCACUUAUGUUCACGAAGACGUGGAUUAUGACUACACGCUUCCUCGACGCCCUUUAUUACCUGUGCCCAUCAAGAAACAACCGGAAACCAUGAUGCGGCUGAUACACAAACACAUCCGCGUCAAGAUUUCCGACGGUUUCGAAGUCGUCUCAAUAACCACAGGUUUCGAAACCUCUUGGGUGUACAUUGGAAACGUCCCUAGGAAAGUGACGCCAGAAGCCAUGGCGCGGCUUUUACGACGACAUGGCGAGUUCACCGAUAUCCGACUACCAGAGCAGAUAACUACGGCCUUGAUAACGGUCAGGGUACGAUUCUCCUCACCUCUUGAAGCUUCCAAAGCUUGCACCACUCUCAACGGUUUGGAAGUCUUCGGAUCGACCAUCUCAGCGCGGCUGUCGCUCGACACCGUUGGCCACGACAAGACGCCCACACUAUUAAACGACACCUCGGUACGGAUCUCUUGGGAGGCGGCGUCGAAAAUGGCUUAUGGUGGCUUCUCAAGUCGGCAACAGGCGGACCAAGCGAUUGACAAGUGUCGAAGGGUACCGUUCGCCGACCGACUGUUGCGAGCCACCAUCCACACCGGGCUGCCCGCCGUUGGAAGAUUCACCGUGCGCUUCGAGGGCGUGCCCGCCGACACCAAGCCGCAGGAGAUGAAGCAAUUCCUUUCUGCAGACGACGUCAUGUGGGGCCAAGUAAACUACACUUCACCCGACAACGGUAUCAGCGGUAUCCAAAGGCUCCUCAAGUACAACCACUCCGACAUCCUGCAGUUUGACGUUUUGCCCCCUCCGUAUAAGGGCGGUAUCAUCACAGCCUGGGCUCAGCUUCCCACCUCGGCUGAGGCCACGGCUCUUUGCGAACGACUGCACGGACGGAAGCCCACAUGUAUUGGUCGCACUCGGAUUAAUGCCCGCCAUAUGCAAACAUUGGAAUACUCGCUCAACAAUGAGAUGUACAGCAGGGUGCAACGGGAACUCGAAGAACUCAAGACCAGCGCUGCACGGAAACAUCUCGUGGUCAGCAUCCGGCCUCGCCCGACCUGUGUGACUGUUCGUCUAUCGGGAGAGGACGUCAAGGAACUCGGUCAACUCAAGGCGGAGCUAGACAUCGUCCUUUCAGGGGAGGUCGUCCGAGACAACGGGAAGAUAGCUUGGGACCCAUUUUUCUUCCAUGGCGAGGGUAUCCGGUUCGUCCAAGCUUUGCAGCGAGCCCACCCGCUAGCCAGGGUCUCUAUCGACAAGAUCAGACGCCAAAUUCGAAUUUCUGGGUGCGCUGCCGACCGCCAAUCCCUUCGAACCAAACUGCUGUCAAAGCUCAAAGAACUCCAAAGCCAACUCGUAUACACAUUGGCCUUAGACGGGCACGUCAUUGGCCUAUUCCUACACCAUGAACUCCCUGGGUUGAGGAGGAGUCUCGGCGAAGAAAACGUUUUCCUCGACCUUUGGAACCGUCAACUUCGCAUUCGAGGUAACACCGCCGCCAAAGACGAAGCGUGCGACGCUCGGACGCGCGCCCGCCGCAGGCUCGGCAUGGAUCGCCGACGCCCCUUGGUGGAAUGUCCCGUCUGUUUCGACGCCGUUUCCGUUCCCAUAACGCUCUCCUGCGGGCAUUCCUGGUGCAAAACGUGCAUGGUGCGAUACAUGCUAACCGCCAUAGACCAGAAGUUUUUCCCCAUUACAUGUCUCGGGAACGACGCCAAGUGCGAAGAGAAGAUUCCCCUCAGCUGUGCAUCCCAACUCCUCUGCAAGGCAGAUUUCGAAACGCUGAUCGAAACGGCCUUCUCCGCACGAAGGAAAGGAGCAGUUCGACGAGUGGAUGAAGAACAACGACGUGAAACAAUGUCCUGGGUGUAA